AUGUCCAACCAGGAUGAUCUGGCCUAUGGUGGCUACUACCAGGGCUCGGAACGUGGGUCCGGAGACGGUUCCCGCGGUCUAGGCGAUACGUUCAAGAAGUUCCGCGACACCUACAAGAGCCACGGAUCCUCCGGCCCAGGUAACCAGGGUUAUCAAGGCCAGAGCCAGACCGAACCGCAAUACGGAUAUGAUCAGAGCCAAAGCACAAGUGGACAGCAACAAAACCCUAACUACUAUGGGAAACCUCAAAAGGAAGACAAACUGUCCGGUUUCUUGGAGAAACUUCAAGGUACUGUGACCGAGCUUGGUUCUGAAUUUGCCCAGAAGAUCGGUACCACCAUCGAUCCACAGGCGUAUGCCCAGUAUGGUCCCAGCAAUACCAACACAGAGCAUCGAUUUGAUAGCUUCGCCCCUGUCCGGGAACAUAACGAUGCCAAGUGGUAUGUGGAUGGAUGCGGUUAUUUCUGGGCUGUCUCGCGGGCUCUGGAAAACGCCCGAGAGUCGAUUUGGAUUCUGGACUGGUGGUUAUCUCCCGAACUUUAUCUGAGAAGGCCACCGGCGAAGAAUGAACAGUACCGAUUGGAUCGCAUGCUGCAGGCUGCAGCCCAGCGGGGCGUGCGCGUCAAUGUCAUCGUUUACAAGGAGGUUACGCAGGCGCUCACUCUGUCUUCUUCUCACACAAAACAUGCCCUAGAAGAUUUGCACCCCAAUAUCUCUGUCUUCCGUCACCCUGACCACCUGCCUGACCGCCAGGAGAUGACAGCUGACAUCGAGUCGACCUUGCAGAACCUGUCACUCGACUCGAAAAGUUUGAGUAAGAUGUCAAAGGACACAUUGAAGGGACUGUACGGAAUGCGCGAUGAUGUCAUUCUGUACUGGGCUCAUCACGAGAAGCUUUGCCUGAUCGAUGGUCAAAUUGCAUUCAUGGGUGGCUUGGACUUGUGCUUCGGUCGCUGGGACACAAACCAACAUAACCUCUCGGAUCUACAUCCCUCGGAUGUCAACCAGACUGUGUUCCCUGGGCAGGACUACAACAAUUCUCGCGUCCUUGAUUUCGAAGAUGUUGUCCAUUGGGAGAAUAACCAGUUGGACAGAAAGACCAUGUCUCGGAUGGGAUGGUCUGAUAUAUCCGUGAGCCUGCACGGUGCAGCCGUGGAAGAUUUGCGACGUCACUUUGUGGAGCGAUGGAAUUUCAUCUAUGAUUUGAAAUACAAGAUUCGCAAUGAAUCUAGAUACACGAGACUGGCACUCCAUGGAAGGCCCGCUUACUCGACUGGCCAACAGCAGGCUGCUUCUCCACAGCCCAACUUGUACCCCUCGGGACAGGCGAGCCCACAAAGCCAGCAACCUGCGCCAUCCUGGCAGCAGAAGCCCAGUGGAGUCGCAUCAGCAUCUACCUACCCACCGCCACCAGGUCAGACGUCGUCGAGUUCUUAUCAAGAGCCACAGUCGCACUCGCAAUCCCACUCGCAAUCCCAGUCUCAGCCUCAGUCCACCUCGUACCCCUCGGGACAGGCGAGCACACAAGGCCAGUCAACUGUGCCAUCCUGGCAGCAGAAGCCCAGCGAAGUCGCAUCAUCAUCUACAUACCCGCCGCCACCAGGUCAAACGUCGUCAGCUUCGUAUCAGGAGCCGCACUCGCAAUCUCAGACCCAGCCUCAGUCCAACGUGUACCCCUCGGGGCAGACGAGCACGCAGGGUCAGUCAACUGUGCCGUCCUGGCAAGAGAAGCCCAGUGGAGUCGCAUCACCUACCUACCCGCCGCCACCGGGUCAGACUUCGUCGAGUUCGUAUCAGGAGUCGCACUCGCAAUCUCAACCCCAGCCUCAGCAUCAAGAACCUGCCGGCAUAUAUCAGCCUCACACCAGUGCUAGCACUUCAGGUUAUGCGCCAUCGCCGACUCAGAUCUCCUCAAACCAGCAUCAAUAUCAGCAGCAGAACACGUCUCCCUCGUACCAAGCUGAGAAUGCUUCAACCUACCACCCAGUGCCAAGCCAAACCCCUCUGGGCUAUCAACCGCAAUCCGCUCAGUCCCAGGGUCAUGACGCAAGCCAGUACAGCUACACUGGGAACUCAUUCCCCCCUCCUCCGCCUGGUCCACCACCAGCGCAAUCCAGUGCCGACGCCUCGUAUCAGCCCUAUCAUGGCCAGCAACAGGAGCAGACGCCCUAUUACCCACCCCCACCAGGCCAGGAAGCCUCCCACUCCAACACCCGUGGAAUUGAUGACUACCACCAGUACGAAGGUGAUCGUGAUCGAGGCUUCGCGCCUCGUCGGCUGCGAGAGGAUCUGACCCAAUACGGCACCUCCCUUCGUGGUCAGCUCGCCGGACAAAUUCACCAAUACCAGGAUCGACUGGUCACAUAUGGCCGCCCUUCCUCGUCGCAAGGCCGAGGGGGUAUGUCAUGCCAGAUUGUUCGCAGCUGUGCGAAAUGGAGCAAUGGCACCCAGAUUGAGCAUUCAAUUGCCGACGCAUAUUGCGCCAUCAUCCGAAACAGUGAGCACUUUGUCUACAUCGAGAACCAGUUCUUCAUCACUGCGACCGGUAAUUCGCAGCAUCCAGUAAAAAAUCAGAUCGGUGCCGCAAUUGUGGAGAGAAUUCUACGUGCUGCCCGUGCUGGUCAGAAAUAUAAGAUUGUCGUGGUCAUCCCGUCUGUUCCCUGCUUUGCCGGUGAUUUGCGAGAUGAUGCUACUCUCGGAACACGUGCGAUUAUGGAGUUCCAGUACAACUCCAUCAACCGCGGAGGUCACAGUAUCAUGGAGUUGAUUGCCAAGGAAGGAUUUAACCCCAUGGAGUAUAUCCGUUUCUACAACCUUCGCAAUUACGAUCGGAUUAACAACGGUGGUAUCAUGGCUGCAGCUGAACAGCAGAGUGGCGUCAAAUACGAGGAUGCCCGCAGGGAGUACGAUUUGAACACUGCAGGCCCUGGUGGAUAUGCCCCGAGCACUACCCGUAGUGCUUUCGAUACUACCGCACCCUUUGAGAAGUACCAGCAGGCUGCACGCCAGGUACAGGGCGGUCAUGCUUCCUCGGGCCGGUGGGACAGUGUGAGCGAAUGUUAUAUGCUCAACGGAGAGGAUAUUCGUAAAGUGCCGUGGGAUGGCCAUCCCGAUGCCGAGAUUAAUGCGUUUGUGAGCGAAGAGCUUUACGUUCACUCAAAGGUGAUGAUCGCCGACGAUCGUGUAGUUGUUUGCGGAUCCGCAAAUCUGAACGACCGUUCUCAGUUGGGUGAUCACGACUCUGAGAUCGCAGUCAUCAUCGAGGAUUUCACACCUGUGGCAUCUACCAUGGAUGGUAAGCCAUGGACUGCCAGUCGUUUUGCUUCAUCUCUCCGCCGCCAGUUGUUCCGGAAGCACCUGGGACUUUUGCCGCCGCAAGACUAUGAACGACCGGACGCGAACUUCGAGCCCGUGGGGGUUCCCAACAACUUCGACUUUGACUGCCCUGAGAGCAAGAUCGUUGCUGAUCCGCUUGCCGACACUGCUCAAAGCCUUUGGAACUCACGGGCGCACACAAACACCGAAGUCUUCCGGAAGGUAUUCCACGCGGUUCCGGACGACACAAUCCGCAACUGGACAGAGUACAAGGAGUUCUACGAGUACUAUUUCCACAAGACCGAGGUAAGCCCUGAAGGCAAGGAAGGAUCUGCACGUCCAGCGCGAUUCCAAUGGGGCCACGUUGUGAGCGAUGACUUUGCGCCUGGCGCAGAGGGGGCGAAACAGGUCAAAGAGCUGCUUAGCCAAGUCAAGGGUACUCUCGUUGAGAUGCCUUUGAUGUUCUUGAUCGAGGAAGACGUCGCCAAGUCGGGAUUGACUCUCAAUGACGUGACCGAGCCGCUUUACACCUAA